UCUUCUCCAAGCAGCUCGACCAGACGCAGCCUCCUGCCACAGGAACCAAUAGGCCUACUAGAUACAACUGAGUGGACAUCAGCUUGUGAAGAACUAUGUCCGUGGAAACUUUCACCACAUUCUCCCUUCUUCUGUUCAUAAUCUCACUGACAGUGGCCCAGGAUUGCUCCCAACCCUGUGCCUGCCCUGCAGACCCCCCUCCCUGUCCAGUAGGAACAAGCUUGGUGCUGGAUGGAUGUGGUUGCUGUAAAGUGUGUGCCAGGCAGCUUGGCGAGCCCUGUACCCUGCUGGAGCCCUGCGACCACCACAAGGAGCUCUACUGUGACUACGCAUUGCUGAGUGACACUGACACUGGCAUCUGCAUGGCUCAAGAGGGUCAGCCGUGUGACUUGGGUGGCAUCAUCUACCACAGCGGAGAGUCCUUCCAGCCCAGCUGUAAACACCAAUGUGUGUGUAUGAACGGCGAGAUCGGUUGCGUGCCGACAUGUCCCAGUAACGUGCGGUUGCCCUCCCCUGAUUGUCCAUACCCUCGCUCCAUCCAAAUUCCAGGAAAGUGCUGUGAAGAGUGGGUGUGUGACCAGACGCCACAAGACCACCACUACCAGUCAGUGAUGGGCGAGCCUUCUCAGAUUCAUCCUCUGCCCUCUUCACAACCCAUCCCUGGCGUCACUGAAGUGUCCUUUCAUGCGCCGGAAGCAGAGAGUCCCAGAGACAACUGCAUAGUCCAGACAACCGAGUGGAGUGAGUGCUCGGCCACAUGUGGCAUGGGGGUCUCAUCCCGCAUCACCAACGACAACCAUGGAUGCCAGCUGGAAAGACAGACCAGGAUCUGCAUGAUCAGGCCGUGCAACAGCCAGCAGGAGAAAGAAAUUAAGAGGGGGAAGAAAUGCGUGCGGACACCGAAGGCCCAACAAGGAAUGCGCUUCGAAUUGUCAGGGUGCUCCACCACCAGGAUGUACAAACCAAAGUUCUGCGGCGUUUGCACCGACAGCCGAUGCUGCACGCCUCACAUCACCAUGACUGCAGAGGUGGAGUUCCGCUGCCCGGAGGGAGACGUCUUUAGGAAACAGAUGAUGUUUAUAAAAACGUGCUCCUGCCACUACGACUGUCCACGUGACAACGACAUCUUUCUGGCGUCCAACACGCGGAGGAUGAUCGGAGACUACGACCACAGUAUGUGAUAUUGGUCCUCGAAAGGUUUUUGCACUGACAUUUCUCACGUUUUUUGCCCCAACCUGACCACUACCCACCAAAAAUUGAAUCUUAAAGUGGCAUCAAUGAUAAGAUUUGUUGCUGUAAACUUAGUUUAGUGAGACGCUACAUCUUGCGAGGAGGUGUUACUGGAAAGUCAUGCUAGGAGAGGUGGAGCACUCCAUAUAAUCCGUUUUUCAUUUUCUAUUCUUGCAGGGGGGUUAUUGCCAGGUGUGUAAAGCAUAGGAGGUACAGGUCCAAGCCACAAAACCUCAAAACUACAAACAUUAUUGUUAUUGACAGCUUUCCCAUGAUUCUUGAACCAGCAAAUUUGAAGGCUGUGUUCAAGGGAUUUCAUUCAACAUGCAACAUGGAGAAGGAAAUAUACAUACAGUACAUAUACUGUACAUACACAUCAAUGGGCGCCACACACAGGAGACCACUGCAAUACGCAAUAAGUACCCAGAACGCAAUCGGUGCCCCAUAUGGACGAGGAUUACGUCACUUCCUCCUUUAGCAAAUUUUAAUGACAGCGCUUCUGCUCUGAACUACUUUGCUACCCCCAAAUUCCCUCCACAUCUGACAGCCAAUCAAAACCGUGGGAGACUCGUACAAUUCGCGCUGGAUGUGAACGCGUCACUCACCAGUGUAGCUGGUCACAGCCGCUCGUCGCCUCCCGUGUGCAGGGUUUCGCCAAUCUCAGUUGUUUGUCGCCUCCCGUGUGUGGCGCCCAUAAUGGUGCAACUGUAGAAGUAACACACGGUACGGUCCGUACCUAGGUGGUUGGGCUGUGGGAGGGGUGUCCAGUGUAUGACCCGCUGCUGCCAAAACAACAAAAACAAACAAAAUGCAAAAAUUAGCAGCAAUUUGCCAAGAAGAAAGUCAAAAUAUUACGAGAAAAAAAGUUGUAGUCUCUGAGAAAGAGUCCAUUUUAAGAGAAUAACACCAUAAUAUUAGAAGGAAAAAUAACAUAAUUUUAGUAGCACAGUGUUGAAAUAUUAAAGAAAAAAGGCGUUAUUUAUUUAAAAGUUGUAAUGUUAUGAGAAACAAAAUAAAGCUGUAAUUUUUGAAAAAUUAAGUUGCGGAAAAAAUCGUAAUGUUAUGAGAAUGGAAUAUUAUGGGAAUGAAGUCAUAAUUAUGAGAAGAACAUUUACAAGAAGAAAGCUGACAUAGGUGGAAAAUAAAAACAGCAGAAAUGGAAAAAAAACAACCAGUUGUUUAAAUUUUAUGAAAAAAUGAAAAUAUGAGGAGAAAAAAAGUCGUAUUCUAACGAUAAAAGUCGCAAUUUUCCGCGAAUAAACUCAUAAUAUUAUGAGGAAAAAUGUCAUUUUAGCAGCAUAGAGUGGAAAUAUUAAAGAAAACAUUUAUUUUUUAAAAGUCAUAAUAUUAUGAGAAACAAAAAAAACAACAAAUCUGUCAUUUUAAAAAAAUUAGGUUGCAGAAAAAAAAUGUAUGUUACGAGAAUAAAAUACUGUGGUAAUAAAGUCAUAAUUACGAGAAGAAAAUGUACAAGAACAAAGUUGGAAUAGGUGUAAAAUAGAAACAGCAGAAAUGAAAAAAAUGGGUCAUAAUUUCAUUAAAAUAUUAAGAGAAAAAGAGUUGAAAAUAGAUAUAAAAUGUUAAUAUUAAAGAAAAUAAUAAUAAAUAUUAUUAAAUAUUAAAGAAAACAUUUGUUAUUUUUUAAAAGCGAUAAUAUUUUGAGAAACAAACUGGGGCACAAUUUAUAAUAUUAUGGGAAUAAAGUCAGAAUAUUACAAAAAAGAAAAUUUACAGAGAUUAUUUAAGAAGGUUGAAAAAUUGGGGAAAAAAAAAAACAACAGCAAAACUGGGGAAAAAGGAGCAAAGACAGAAGUGCAUACUAAUAUUAGGCUUCACCUCAUCCUAGGUUCCCAAAGUGGGGUACGCCAAUUGUAAUGGGGUUACGUGAAUAAAAAUUUAAAACAAUUAGCGCCUAACACUCUCAAUUACGAGUGUGCCUGAAUGCUUCACGGCGCAAUGGCGAACAGAGCAGGAAGGAAACAGAAAACGAUGUCGUUCAUUGCUCUGUGUGCAUCAUAUGAACAAAUAAGUGUGAUGAUUAUUUUGUGCCUUAAUAGUGUUUCAUCUCAAAGAUUUGCUUUCUAUUGGUGUUUCAAUGCCCGCAGGGUGCCGCGGUGAAAACCUGUCACUUUGAGUGGGGCUUUAUCGUUGCUUGUUUGUGUUUUUGUACUUCAGAUACUGCUUUAUCGUGGUUGUUAAACCUUCCCCUUCAAUUUGGUAAUAAAUUAUUAUGCAGGCUUAAAUCAUAGCCAAAUUCAAUCCAUUCAAACGGAAGAAUGCCAACAUCAGACUGGAAUAACUAAUAACUAACUGGAAUAACUAACUCAUGUAAAACAUUAUCCAAAAUGUGACCAUGCAAAAUACACAAUUUUGACCCAAUAAUAACUAUAAAAUGAAUACCAAUAUAUUGUGUUCAAUAUUUCGAGUUAAUUAAUCUCAAAAGGUGUGUGUUUUUAAGUGUGCAGGGGUAGGGGGUACAUGGCUUCAGGUCAAAUGUCUGAAGGGGUACGCCUCUGUAAAAAGUUUGGGAACCACCGACCUUCAUCACAAAGCUGAGAUGCAGUUUUUUCUUAAGAAAAUGUCUUGUAAAUGUUCUUCUUGCAAUAAUAACUUUUAUUCCCAUAAUAUUAGAAUUUUUCCCGCAACCUCAUUUUCCAAAAAUUCCAACUUUAUUCAUUGUUUUUUUUUCUCUCACAAUAUUACGACUUGAAAAAGUCUUUUUUUUCUUGAAUAUUUCAACUUUAUGGUAGUAAAAUUACUGCUGAUUUUUAGUUUUCUCAUUAAAUUAUAUUUUUAGAACGUGCCGCAGCCCAAUAAAAAAAAAAACAAAACAGCUGACCGCAAAUGGCCCCCGGGCCGCACUUUGGACAUGCACUAUGGCACAAGAGUGCAUAAUUGUACCUUUUAGGAGUCCAUCGGCUUCUCACUAGGGUGGUACCCUUAAAGGUGCCUUGACACCAGCUUGUUACAGCUUCAGAACAUAUACUGUAUACACCCUUUUGGCCCUUGAAGAGAUAGAGGACCAUAGAGUCCAAUAAUUAUACUUAUUAACUCCUAUUUAGCCCCAUUUCUGACUCUAUGCUCUUGUGUACGGAGGGUUUUUGUUUAGUCAAAUAGACGAUUGCACUUAUUUGUUUGGAAAAUAGUAAUAAUAUUAAGGGUGAGUGACAUAUACAGCACAUCUCGUGCAUGUCUGCAGUCUUAUCCACAUUGAAAUGUUAUGUACCUUGACUAAUAAUUUUACAACAUGGCCACAUUCUGGCUACAUACAGACAAGUUGCUGCGGAGAAGACAGAAAAAUACUCGUGAAAUUGACAAAAUAGCCACAAAUGUGUGGAGAUGCUGACAGACUGAGGGUAAAGUCAUCGUGGGAAGUCUUAUUUUUUUUUGACAUUGUUGAGGCUGUACAGCGUUCAUUCAGCCACAAAUGUUUUUAUUUGACACUCUGACUGGUCAAACAUGUAGCCUGACUACGCAAUUUAGAUGCAAGUUGACUGUUUACGCCGUAUUUUUAAAAAAACAACAUAAAAUGUGGCAGUGGGUAACUAUACCAUGUGUGAAUAUUUGAAGACUGUACAGUUUUGUACUGUAAUUUAUGUUUGACUUUGUAUCAUAUUGUUUGUUCUUCACUGUAAUGACUUCUUGUCUAUUGCACUCUUGCCUCUUUUCCAUUAAAGAAAGUAUAUUUUUAUAGAUACACAGAAUGUCGGUCUUGUUCUUGUGGGUAAAAAUAGAAUGCGUUGUACUUGACUGUGUCACU